UUGAGAUCUGUGUUGGUGUAGAUCAGAAGCAAUGUGAUUCAAGUAGCUCAGAGUCAACAAGCAAUGUGUUGAUCGUAGAAGUAUUUUUGUGACAAAAUCAAAACCGAAUGGACGUACAAAUUUUGUGUUGCAGGCCAAGCCCUUCUUCCCACUUAUGAUUUGAUGUAGAUGUUGUAGUCUUGGUUUUUUCCCCUCAUUGUGUUUUAGAGAUAGUACACGACUACUUCGACAGAAAUUAUCGCUUGAGUUUAUCAUUCGACUUCGAAGAAUUUGUUUUUGAUAUGAUUUCGAACACAAACCACCAACCCCAUAGAAGUACCAAAAAGAUGACCCCAACGAGGACCACUUCCGACGACCCUUCCACCCAGCUCUCGCGCGAGUACCUGGUCCACCAGGGGGCGGCGGUAUUAUGCCUGAAUUGCCCAACAAGCGACAACAGCGGAUUCCAGUUCGGAAUCGACAACCACCUCUGGCAUAUCAACUGCACAAAUGGCUGGGUCUGGAAGAUUGCAACUUGUCAUGCUGUUUUUGGACUCUAAAACAAUUUGUAUUGCAUGACCAGCAAGAGGGGCGCAGUUUGUGAUAGACGGACAGGGCAUUUCUCAUGCGGAAGCAUCAGGAAGGGUUCUAAAAAUCUGUAAUGCUAGGGCAUACAUCACAGACUAUCAUGGGUCAUGAGAAACAUGCAUGACAAAUCUUGCAUUCUUCCAGACCCAGACACUUUUGCAGUUGAUAUGGCAGACCGGCCCGAAAUUUAUGGGGGUCAAGUUCAUCCCGCCGGGCGUGCAUUUCAUCUACUACAGCAACAGCAACCUGGGCGACAUGGUGGAACGGUGCGGGUUUUUUGUGCACUUGAAGCCGCAGGAAGUGUUGGUCCGCAAAUGGGAUCAAAAAACGGAAACGUUGGAGAAGUUAACGGACCUCGACGAGGAGGCGAGGUAUGUCGAUGGCGUGAGGCAUUGGGAUAUGAAAUGCAAAAGUGUCUGGCUCUGGAAACUUGUGAUGCAAGUCAGUCAAUAACAAACGCACUUUAAUGCGCCGCUUAGCAUGACAAGAUGCUUCGUGCUUCUGUGCUGCGUAUUCCGCAUGAGAAACUGCGUUUUUGCAUGACAGGCGAGAGAUGCUAUUCGUGGCCCCGCAAUACAGAUUUAAGGGCCAUGCCAGAUCAGCAUGACAACUCUCGCAAUCUUCCAGACCCAGACAUUUUUGCAAUCCAUAUGGGACUUUGAUCUCAACCUCGGCGAGUACCCGCUACUCAACGCCGAAUCCACGGUCCACUACGACCAGUAUCGAAAGGAAAAAUCCCCCCUCCCCAUAUCAAAACGAAAUUGCUGAUGCUGGAUUUGUGUAGAGAAAUCAGCUUUGUAUUGCAGAGAGGCAUUGCGGCCAGAUCCCCAGGCUAGGUAGGGGCGUAUGGGUCUAGUUGUUCAGCAUGGCAGACGGCUCGUCUUUAGGUCCACCAGCGUGACAAAUCGCUUCCAUAAUGAGGCGGAAGCUUCUGCCCUUGUCUUCUUGCAAGACAAAUGUGAUUUGUGGCCUCAAAUCAGCAACGCAAAUUCUCGGAAGCAUGCCGGUUCGAUAUGGGGAGGGGGGAUUUUUCCUUUCGAUAACCAGUGGCGGGAGAUCACGCGGCACAUCAGCAACGGGGUCGUGAAAAAAAUCGAGCCGGUGCAUGCGCUGAUCGGGACGAAAAGGAAAGAUUUGGUGGUGGAGGAAGAAGUGUUGAACCUAUCGGGCGACAGCGAUAAAAAAACCAAGAUUCAGGAAAGCAUCGGGAGCUGGAAGGCGCCGGGGUACGUGCGGGCCGCCGCGGGCGCGGGGGUAGAUAGUCUUGAAGGGCGGGAAAUAGCGGACAGAAAGAUUGACGAAAAAGUUGUAGCCCCCGCAGAUGAGGUAUUGUUAAAGAAGGACAACAAGGAAAAGGACAAUUAUACCGCUGACCAUCUUGGGAAAAGCCAACCUGCACCCGAAAGAAGGGAGCCAUCAGGAGGGGCCACUGCGGUUGUUCCACCUCGUCCCGCCCAACCCCCAACAUCCGCGGCGCAGCAGCAGCGAGACCUAAAGGAGGAUCAGAAAGAGUACCAGACCUCGGUUCAGAACAACUUCGGCAGGCUCUUUUUCUCCACAAUUCCCGCCACGACUUUGUCCGGGGAGGAGCUGUCGCCGGCCGAGAUCACGAAACGGCACAUGGACAAGUCCCACGUACUAGCGAAGAUCAUUGAGCAUGAUAUCCUGUGCAAAAGUAUCGUACUCGUAUUGCAAUUGUGCAUUACAAAUUUUUUUCUGAAGCUAAAUUCGCAUUACAAAUUUUAUUUCUCAUGCUGAGGAAAUUUGUAUUGCAUUUAUACGAGUACGAUACUUUUGCAGUUCAUACACUAAUACGCGGACUUAAAUCCGCACUACGUCAAGCACAAAAUGGCGAAAAAGGAGCAGAGUAAAAGCACAACUAAAGCAAGUAGUUCUACUAUUACUCGACCGCCAGCUGGUGCAACUACAACAUCAUCUACUACACCAUCACGACGAGAAGAAGAAGAAGAAACGUUCUCAGAGAUGAAGAAAAUAAAUUCUACUACGGCAGCAUCAGCUUCAGCAAAAGACAGUACGACCGAAAGUGCAAAAAAUCAUCCCUCUAGUACUGCCAAGAAAAUCAACCAGCAAGAAUCGAUGCGGAAGAUGGGGGAACAGAAUAUGAAAACCUCCUCUGCUCUGUCGAAGCAGGAACAGCAUUUCCAGCUUCUCGCCUACCUGGCGCUUCUGGGCGAGCUGGAACUGGCCUUUGUCGCGUUUCUGCUCGGACAAAAUUACGACGCUUUCGAGCAGUGGAAGAAGUUGCUGAACCUCUUCUGUUCCUGCACGGAAUUGAUCGCGAAGCAACCGGUGUUGUACCUGGAGUUUCUGCGAACGCUCUACGCGCAGUUACAGCAGUACUGCAAAGAAAAUUCCCCCCUCCCCAUAUGGAAAACGCAUCCUUGUGAAAAUUUGUGAUGCAGAUUUGUGACCACAAAUCAGGUCUGUCUUGCAAGAAGGCACACUCAGGCUGUCCGCCACGUUAUGCAGGGGAUUUGUAAUGCUGUAAGGCCUACAGGGUAGCCGUCUACCAUGCUAAGCGCCUGCACCAAUAGGCCCCCUCCUGGGCUCAGGAUCUGCGUGCGUUCCUCUACUGCAGCACAGAUUUGAUUUGUGUAUCCAAAUCCAGCAUCAGAAAUUUCGUUUUGAUAUGGGGAGGGGGGAUUUUUCCUUUUGAUAAGCAGGCUCCGGAGGACUUCUUCAUCGGAGGCGAAAGUUUGGAUUUGAGCGACAAUUUUUUGUAUGCAAUGCAAAAGCAUCGUACUCGUAUAAAUGCAUCACAAAUUUCUUUCGGUUUCCUCUGCGUGAGAAAUGAAAUUUGUAAUGCGGAUUUACCUGGACAAAGAAAUUUGUAAUGCAUGAUUGCAAUUACUACGAGUACGAUACUUUUGUACAGCAUAUUUUGGUGCACAAUGCGAUUCAACUGGUGGAAAGGGUGGACAUUGUGGUGGAGGAGCAGAAAGGAAGCAGGGUAGAAGAACUUGGUGCGUCUGCUGGGGUCACUGUCCCCUCGCACCAUCAAAACACGAACCAGGAGGAGCAGAUCUUCGGGGCGUUGGCGACGCGGGCGCAGCACGUCCGAGAACUGCUGUCUGAGAAGUUUGGGAAGAAGUUUGAGACCCUGGCCUGGACCGCGAACGCGCCCACGGUCGCGGACCAUCUGGAAGAUUGCGAGAACGACGACGACAUGCCGCAGAUUGUCGAUCUGGACCAACCGUACGCGUUUUGAGGGAGGGGAGGUUGACAGAUGGUAGUUUUGAUGUCGUUCUUGUGGCAGGCACGUGAUGUUGUAGUUUUGCUGCGUUAAUUAAUCGGCGUAGUGAAGAUGUGCCACAUUGAUGAAACGCUGCAAAGAAUUGCACAGACGACGUGAGAACGCUGUCAGAAGAUUGUGCUUACAAUCAAAGAAAGAAAUAGUGAACGAAAGAACAAUUUGUGCUUCCCGUCUGUCGUGAUUGUGGAUCAUACUCUGACUAUACGAACGUGGGAGAUGAGCGGCUAAAAAGGUCGUGUGGCAACUAACAAAAACAAGCGAUAGAUUUUUUAGUGUUCGACGCGAACCGCCGACAGGAGAGCGUCC